AACACAUGCAGCGCUAGUGUACUGUUUUAAGUACAUCAUCUUUAAAAUCACAUAUCUAUUGUUUCUCGGUUAUAGAUAAAAUCGAGAAAGUUAUUUUGCGUGUCUGACGUUAAAAAAGUUAUAUGUUACUAAAUAAGUUACAUAUUCUUAUCGCAUAUCUAUAUCUGUACUGGUCAAUAAGUACUUAAGAGAAACUUUCACCGAAUAACCUCUAAAAUGAGAACUAGUUUUGUAUUGUGAUUUUCAUGUAACGUGAUAAUAUUUUAUCUUCUUUUUAUUGUGUAAAAUUCAUAUUUCAAGAUGACUACACCUGUAGCUCCAAAGGUACCAGUUGCACCCUCUGUACAGGAAUUCAGUAUUCGAGUACCAAAAAAUAACAAAAAGAAGCAUAAUGUAAUGCGUUUUAACGCGACACUAAACGUCGAUUUUUCAAAAUGGUCCCAAGUAAAAAUGGAACGCGAAAAUAACAUGAAGGAGUACAAAGGAGUGGAAGAAGAAAUGCCAAAAUUUGGAGCUGGAUCUGAGUUUGGCAGAGACGCGAGAGAAGAAGCUAGAAGAAAAAAGUUUGGUAUCACUAGCAGAAAGUAUAAACCAGAAGACCAGCCAUGGAUAUUAAAAUCCGGAGGAAAAACCGGGAAAAAGUUUAAAGGUAUCAGAGAAGGUGGUGUGAGUGAAAAUGCUGCAUAUUAUGUCUUCACACAUGCUUCUGAUGGAGCCAUAGAGGCUUUCCCAUUACACGAAUGGUAUAACUUUCAACCAAUCCAAAGAUACAAAGCAUUAAGUGCCGAGGAAGCGGAGCAAGAAUUUAGUCGUAGAAAUAAAGUAAUGAAUUAUUUUUCAUUGAUGUUGCGUAAAAGACUUAGAAACGAUGAAGAGGGUGCAGAUGAUGAAGAAAUGAUAGAGGGUGGAAAGGGUAAAAAACCAGGUAAAAAAGAGAAGGAGUUAAAAAUUUCCGAAAUGGAUGAAUGGAUGGACAGCGAUGACGAUGACUCGAAUAGUAAUGAUGAUGAAACUAAGAAAAACUCGGAAGAAGAAGAGGAUCUUAAAAAGAAGAAAAAAGCCAAAGCUAAUUCCCAGAAAAAGAAAAAGAAGAACGCUUCAGACGAUGAAGCAUUUGAAGAGAGCGAUGAUGGAGACGAAGAAGGCAGAGAAUGUGAUUAUAUUUCCGAUUCCUCGGAUUCCGAAUCAGAAUUGGAACAACAGAAGGAAAUCAAGUCUGUUGUAGAAGAAGAUGCAUUAAGAAAAUUGCUUGCAUCUGAUGAAGACGAGGAUGAUGAAGAACAGGCGGAUAAAAAGGAUGGUGAUGAAGAUAAAGAUGAAGAUGAUGAAAAUAAAGAGAAAGAAGAUAAAGAUAAAGAUAAGACAAGUAAAGAUGCAGAUAAGAAGAAAGAUAAAAAGAAGAAGAAAAAAUUAGCUAAGAAAAAAGAUUUGAAGAAACUUGGGUCUGGAAAGGAUUCUUCUAGCGAUUUCUCUAGUGAUUCAGGAUCAGACUCUGAUGCAGUAAAGGAGAAAGAUAAUAAAAAAUCAAAUAGUGCACACAGUUCAAGAUCUGCAACGCCUACACCUGCUGGAAUAUCUGAUUCUAUGAAGAGAAAACAAUCUGGUUCUCCAGAUUUAUCACAGUCAAAGAAAUUGAAGUUAGAGAAUAGCAAUCUAGUACCACUAACUGCUUACAUUCCAGGAGCUAGUGAAUCUGGAAUCUCGGAAGAUGCGGUCAGGCGUUACCUUAUGCGUAAACCAAUGACAACAACCGAACUCUUACAAAAGUUUAAAUCCAAGAAAACAGGUCUUACUUCUGAACAGUUAGUUAAUGUAAUGACUCAGAUACUGAAAAAGAUUAAUCCGACCAAACAAACGAUAAAAAAUAAAAUGUACUUGUCUAUAAAAACACAAUCCAAUUGAUAUGUAUGAAUAUUUUUAUAGAAUAGAACAAUUGUCUAAUAUAUCCUGUAAUAUUUAUUUUACUUAAUAUGUAAAAUACUUUGUAUAAUCAUAAAAUAAAUUAAUUAAA